AGGCUUCCAGCAGACAGAGUGGGAGGAGGUGGAGAGGAAAUGCGGAUCUUGAACACUUCUCAGAGACUCCAAGUGUGUGUGCAGCCUGCCUAAGCAGAAACACACACACACAAAAGAUUUCUUUUCGAGUCACCUGCCAGCGUCCAAACUCAAGAGCUCUUUCCCUUUUGCGCCUCUCCCUCCCUCUCUGCAUUUUUCACAGGCUGAGGCAUCCAUGGACCCUCUGGCUCCGCCGCUCUCAUCAGCGACUUGGAGAACUUUGUGAACUCUGAAAAAGCAUUGGAUGGGACGCGACGUGGCGGAGCACGGCGGCAGCAGGCUCCUAAGGAGUCACCAGCAGGACCUUUAACUGGAGUUACCCCUCCCCACUUGGGUGGUAUCAUGACGGGUCAGCACCCCAACCUCUUCUUCCUCCUGGCUCUGCUGGGAUUCCUGGCAGGGCUGGCCGACCUCAGCCAGGCUUCAACCAGCGAAGACCAGGACUACUACAUGCAGGAGCUGUUAACCAGGGAGCAGUACGCCCGAGUCCAGAUGCCCGAGGGGCCCGACGGACGUGAGCCACCCAAACAAUACAGCAAGAAAGCGGCCAAAGGGAAAGGAGACAACGGCAGGCAGCCAGACAAAUCGGCCAAUAAAAAAGCCGAGAACAAGAAGAGCAACCCGAAAAGCCCAAAUGGAAGCUCGGAAGGAGACGGACAGCCCACGCGAUUCAAAGGCGAGUGCCCUCCCAUGGGACUGGAGACGCUGAAGAUCGACGACUUCCAGCUCCACGCGUCCACCACCAAACGCUACGGCCUGGGAGCGCACAGAGGUCGUCUCAACAUUCAGGCCGGCCUCUACGAGGACGACCUCUAUGAUGGGGCUUGGUGCGCCGGCAGGGAUGACCCGCUGCAGUGGCUGGAGGUGGAUGCCAGGAGGCUGACAAAGUUCACGGGAGUCAUCACACAAGGCCGCAGCUCCCUCUGGUCGAGCGACUGGGUGACCUCCUACAAGGUCAUGGUGAGCAACGACAGUCACGCCUGGGUGACGGUGAAGAACGGCUCCGAGGACAUGAUCUUCAGAGGAAACAGAGAAAAGGAGAUCCCGGUGCGCAACAUUUUUCCCACUCCCUUGGUGGCUCGCUAUAUCCGGGUCAACCCUCAGUCCUGGUUCAACAAAGGCAGCAUCUGCAUGAGGGCCGAGAUCCUCGGAUGCCCUUUGCCAGACCCGAAUAAUUACUACCACCGGCGCAACGAGGUCAUAACGACUGACGAGCUGGACUUCAUGCUUCACAGUUACAAGGAAAUGAGGCAGUUGAUGAAGGUGGUCAACGAAAUGUGCCCCAACAUCACUCGCAUCUACAACAUCGGCAAAAGCCACGGCGGCCUCAAGAUGUACGCCAUCGAGAUUUCCGACAACCCGGGGGAGCACGAAGUGGGUGAACCCGAGUUUCGCUACACGGCCGGUUCCCACGGCAACGAGGUGCUGGGUCGCGAGCUGCUCCUCUUGCUAAUGCAGUUCAUGUGCCUGGAGUAUCUGACGGGCAACCAGCGGGUCCGACACCUGGUGGACGAGACCCGCAUCCACCUGCUGCCGUCCGUCAACCCCGAUGGGUACGAGAAAGCCUUUCAAGUGGGAUCCGAGCUCAGCGGCUGGUCUCUGGGUCGGUGGAGCAACGACGGCAUCGACAUCCACCACAAUUUCCCCGACCUCAACUCCAUAUUGUGGGAAGCCGAGGCCAAAAAGUGGAUCCCACGCCGGAUGGCCAACCACUAUGUCUCCGUUCCCGACUGGUACCAGUCCAAAAACGCUUCGGUUGCCGUGGAGACCCGCGCUUUAAUCACCUGGAUGGAGAAGAUCCCUUUUGUGCUGGGUGGCAACCUCCAGGGGGGCGAGCUGGUGGUGACCUUCCCAUACGACAAGACCCGCUCGCAGGGCGUGACCCGGGAGCCCACGCCCACGCCGGAUGACCACGUGUUCCGCUGGCUGUCCUUCGCCUACGCCUCCACCCACCGCCUCAUGACGGCCGCCAAUCGGAGGGUGUGCCACAGGGAGGACUUCGCCAAAGAAGACGGGACCAUCAACGGGGCGUCCUGGCAUACGGCGGCAGGCAGCAUGAACGACUUCAGCUACCUGCACACUAACUGUUUUGAGCUGUCGAUGUACGUGGGCUGCGACAAAUUCCCUCACGAGAGCGAGCUGCCAGAGGAGUGGGAGAACAAUCGCGAGUCUCUUCUCGUCUUCAUGGAACAGGUGCAUCGUGGGAUUAAAGGUAUAGUGAGGGACCUGCAAGGCAACGGAAUAGCCAACGCUACCAUCGCCGUGGAAGGCAUCGGCCACGACAUUCGUACAGCUGCCGACGGGGACUACUGGCGCCUGCUGAACCCGGGCGAAUACCGAGUGACGGCGAGGGCCGAGGGCUACAGCAUGGUGAGCAAGAAAUGCGAAGUGGGUUACGAGAUAGGGGCCACCCGCUGCGACUUCACGCUGGGCCGCACCAACUUGUCACGCAUCCGGGAGAUCAUGGAACGAUUCAACAAGCAAGGCGGCGGUAAAGCGCCUGUUAGGCCGCUACAAGCCCGCCGCUCCGGUGACAGACGUCCGGGAACUUAAUGGCGGCGUGAAAGUGGGGAAGAACUCUGAGGAUUGAAACCUAAUGAUGACUGUGGGGAUCUCCAAGAUGGAAAAUGUUGAAAAUAAGACUCAAAGGUGGAUCCACAUAUUACAAUGACCCCCCCCCACAACCAUUUGAGUGCAUCGACCAAAAGUCCGCUAGCUUAUGCUAACUUAUUAUAGGAAACGCCAUAGACAGGCUACUGAAAACUAACCGCAAGAUACAAAUAAUAAAGCGGCAUGUAGCGGGGCAACAAUGAAAUAAUCAUCCCAAAAAUGAUUUUUGUGUAAAUAAUAAAAGCAUCUAAUCUCAUGUAUGUACAUACAGGACCUGUUAAAUUAUGUAAACCACCAGGCAAUGAUACGCAUACACGCAUUGCCUCCCAUGAAAUAAAGUCCAAUUAUUCCAAUUGAGA